UUUGAUGUAUUUACUUUUUGACAGCCAAAUAAAGAGAAUAUUAGUUUUGUUCAUUUAAUAUUGAAAUGGGUCGAAGGAAGUCAAAAAGGAAACCUCCAGCGAAAAGAAAAGCCAUUGAACCUUUGGAUAUACUUUUUAAUUGCCCAUUCUGUAACCACGAAAAAUCCUGUGAUGUGAAAAUGGAUAAAGGGCGAAGUACGGCGAGAAUAACAUGUAGAGUAUGUUUGGAAGAUUUCCAAACAACUAUAAAUUUCUUAUCAGAACCCGUUGAUGUGUAUAAUGAUUGGAUAGAUGCUUGUGAAAAUGCAAAUUAAAUUGUGUAUUGACACUCGAUAAUCUGAAUUAAAAUAUAAUGCAUGCAAUGAUGGAAAUAUCAACAUUAAUUUUUGUUAAAAAAAAAAUAACAUUGUAUAAUAAUUCUUUGAAAAGUUUAAAACAAUGUAUAGGAAAUUAAAUAUUAAGAUGUUUGUUUCAUUUCUUGAACAUUUUAUUAUUUAAAAUUAGGUUAGUUGAAAUAUAAGUUUUAAUAACAAUUAUUUAUAUUCAUAUACUACAAAUUUUAAAACUAAAAAAUUAUAAAAAUAACAUCCUCCUUAUUAUUUUUUACCUUAUCCUCCUCUUUUUUGGAUAUACAGGAUGUAUCUAAAUUCAUACAACAAAAUUCAGGAGGUGAUUGCUUGUUUGAAAUUAAGAUGGCUCUUUCCUGCAAUUUGCGUCAAUUUAGUAACACCCUGUAUAUCAAUGUAUUGAAUAUAAAUCUAAAAAAUCUUAUUCCUUUCAACCAUUAUGUAUGAAGGUUUUUAUAUUAAAUACUUUAAUGUAAAUCAUCGUUACUGGUAAUUAUUUUUCUCACUGAAAAUAAAGUAUACGGCCCAAAAAUGACAUUUUGAGUUUGUUUUUGACCUCACUUUGUGCUCUUAACUAUUUUUUUCACUUCAUCUUCAGUUGGGCUUUUUAUGGAGUUUCUUUGUGAUUAUAGAGAUUUUUAAGGUUGUCAAAACAAUUUUUUACGCCAAAAAUAAUUGAAUCUUAUUUCACACUUUAGAUAUAUCACAAAAAAUAGAUUACAACAGCGUUUUUUUUUUCAAUCAAAAACUAUUUAAAAACAAAAUGUAAUAAAACAAUAGUGUCAU